AUGCCUGCAAGUCAUCAACCUCCUUACUCUAUACUCUCUGCAUCUCAAUCUCUCCAGACGGUCCCUGCAUCUUUCAUCAGCUCUCAAACACUCUCUCACUCUUUACCCUCUCAUUCUUCUCUCUUCAGUCAUUCUUCACAAGUUCCAUCUUUCCCCUCUUUCAAAGAUCACCAUGAGGUCCAGUCUCGGGCAGAGAAUACUUGCUUGAAUGAUUUUAAUGAAUUCUUCACGGGACUUGAUUCUCUUCAUGUCCUCAUCCCCAGUGAUGCAGCUGUCGAACACUCGAGCCAGUAUUUGCAGAAUGAGAGGCACGGUUCUCACGGUUUUUCUGACGGAGAUGAGGACAGAGGCUGGGAGAAGGACGACGAAUCCUUACCGGUUCCUUCGCCUGCUGUAGAAUGCGGCCUGGUAAGAUCAGCCGGCACAAAGGCUCUUCCUGGCGACAGCAGUUCAACGCCUGUACUGGAUUCGACUCCACACGCUGGCUUUUUGGAGCCGGGCUGUGCAACAUCCAUAUCUCACUCUCCCAAGGCGGAUGGUGGAAGCAACGAAGCCGGCACUGGCAUCGCCGGUGUGCAUUCUAUUCAACUCAAGAGACAACGCCGGCCCCGGGCUGGUACCGGUGACAUGCACCCCAUGGUCGCCGUCGAAGUGCCGGUCAUCGCGGAUCGCCUCGAAGAAGCCAUGUCAGGCUCGAUGCGGUACGAGAAUGGGCUAAGCAGCCGACUCCGGACCCGCCAACAGAAGACUCGUGCACGAUCGAGGCGUGAGGUCCCUGAUACCCAGGACUGUAAGCUUCCCGGGAAGCCCGUGCAGUGUGUCGAAGACAACACAACCAUGUCUGACAUGGGUAGCUCGAGCGCACACUCCGACAAUACAGAUGACAACUACUGUGCAAGCAGCGAAGAGAAUGGCUCAAUGAAACCACCUUCAAAGCAUUGCAGGCUUUCCACACCGCCAUCCGGCCCUGCAUCGCGCCGUCCCCAGUUUCAGAUCCCAAGGGCAGCAGCCACUGCAGGUUGUGAAGAUGUUGAACAGGAGAACUGCAGAAUGGUCAUGCGCUGUUCAAUGACCGCCUCAGAUCUCGCGGGCGAGACGACAGCUGCGGCCAACGCUGAAAGAGAUUACAAUGAAUGGAAGAUUGAGGAUCUGGGCGGGAGAAGACGCCACUGA